AUGCUUCUAAAUGUGUGCGUUUUUUUUAAAGUAAAAACAACUCAUAAACAUGAUAAACGAUCAAACAUCAAGGAAGGAUUUAAAUUGGAAAGGAGCCCUCCCCUGAGACACCCACUAUGUCCGUCUGUGCGUGAAUCCUUCAGGGAAUGUUUGCCGCUUAUGCAAGCUUCUUGUUUGCAGAGCUGCCUGGACGGGAUUAUGAGCUCCCAGGUGAAGCCAGGUUUCUUCUCUUAUCCAGAUUGUUCUGACAUCUUCACCCUGUCAAUCAACAUAAUUGUGCAAUUCUCUUUAAUUACAUGUGCAAUGAUAUUUUUUCAAUUUUCACACUUUGGUGGCCAUUUUCACUGUGCUCUUUGA